UAUGGCAACACUAUUUAUUGUCAUAAUUUGAAACAUUGUAAACAUUGAUUUAUAUAAAUUUGGUAAUGGGAAUCCUUUUUCGGCCCAAAUUUUCCGUUUAAUUGCAGAAAUUUAAAGCUAAAUUGAAUUGGGAAUGUAUUAGUAAUACUAACGAUUGGGUGCUGAUAUUAUGAAAUACAACAUUUAUUAUGUUGUAGAAAGCUGUACCUAAGUUUUUUCUUGUAGAAAUCCAUAUAUAAAACUGUAAUUUGGAUAUUGCAUAUUUUCUAUGUUUUGUCUAUUGAAAAUUUUAUUUAAACAGCGGUAUACUGUGCUUGGUAUCAAGCACUGUUCUGCAUACUUUAGCAGAGGAAAUUGGAAAAUGUGUUACAAAUAGAAUUUACAUAAAUUUUCUUUCAUUUUCCAUAAAGGAACUCAUAAUGCCACCGCAAAAGAAAACAAGCUUCUGAGUUAUUUACGUGCUAAGAUAGAGGCAACAGGUCCAAUAUCUGUAGCUGAUUAUAUGAAAGAAGCUUUAGCAAUUCCUGUUACUGGCUAUUACAUGAAUCGAGAUGUGUUUGGUAGAUCUGGUGACUUUAUUACAUCGCCAGAAGUUUCUCAAAUAUUUGGUGAACUUAUUGGAGUUUGGUUUUACAAUGAGUGGCAGAAAGUUGGAAGGCCUAAACCAUUACAGUUGGUAGAAUUUGGACCUGGACGUGGUACUUUAGCUGAUGAUAUACUUCGAACAUUUUCAAAAGUGGGGACUUCUGGUAUGGACUUUUCUAUCCAUUUAAUUGAAAUCAGCCCUUAUCUCUGUCAUAUGCAGAAAUCAAAAUUAUGCUAUGAAGAAAAUAAGUAUGAAGAUUUAUACAGUAAAACUUUCCAGACAAAAUAUGGCUUUCCAGUUACGUGGCACCCACAUCUUCAUACUGUUCCUGACAGUUUUUCUUUCUUCCUUGCACAUGAAUUUUUGGAUGUUCUACCUGUUCACAAAUUUCAAAAAACAGAUAAUGGCUGGAAAGAAAUAUUAAUAGAUUUCAGAGAUGGCAAGUUGCAGUAUGUUCUGUCUCGCAAUACAACACCUGCAGCUGAACUGCUCAUUGAUCCUUCAGAAAAACAUGAUCAUGUUGAAAUCUCACCAGAAAUUGGCAUCCUCUUAAAUGAUGUAUGUAAAAGGAUGAAAGAAGAUGGUGGUAUAACUUUAAUUGUUGAUUACGGACACUAUGGAGAAAAAACAGAUACAUUUAGAAGUUUUAAAAAUCACAAGCUUCAUGAUCCAUUAGAAGAUCCAGGUGAAGCUGAUUUAACAGUAGAUGUGGAUUUUUCAUAUAUUAGCAAAGUGGCUGAAAACAAAGCUGUAGUUAUUGGUCCUGUAACUCAAAGAAAUUUUCUUUCAAAGAUGGGAAUUGAAAUACGUUUAGAGCAACUGAUGCAAGGUGCUAGUGUGGAGAAUCAAAACUCCUUGAAAAGUGGAUGUGAUAUGUUAAUUAAUCCUGAACAAAUGGGAGAAAGAUUCAAAUUUUUAGCAUUAUAUCCUUUAGUAUUGAAAGACUUUCUUUCUAGAUAUCCACCACCUGGAUUUUAAUAUAGAAAUAAAGUUAUUAGUCUUAU